AUGGCUUCGAGCGGGCUAAGUGCCGCAGAGGCCCAGUGGAGGGAGCAGUUCGCCGCCAUGCAAGCCGCCAUUGCCGAACUAAAGAUCCCUCAGGACACAAACAUCGAGAGCGAUCUCGAAGACGACGACUUUGAAGGAUACUCUUCCGGGAACAGCGGCCAGGAUGUCUGGCAAUUCAUCUCGGACGAUGACCAAGACGACUUCAGCAGCGACUUUGCUGAAGCAGCCGCCGUUGGUGGCUCUGCUGCCGACUAUGGCGCGCAAUGGUUCACCACCAAAUGUUCAGCUAUAGCCGCUAAGAACGGCCUCUCCCCUGAUGUGUUUGAAACUCAGGUCAUGAGUGUCCUCAGCUCCGGUCAAUCCGAGGAUGAGCUCCAGGUACACCUGGCUGAUCUGGUUGGUUUUGACGAUUUUGAUUUCAUCAUCGAUGUCUUGGGACACAAGGAUGAAAUCGUUGCCGCAGUCACUGCCAACGGCCAAAAAGCCCAGCAGGCAUCGUCUGGACCGCGACUCUUGACCAGGGCUGAGAGGGAGGAGGCUCUACGUCGCCAGGACCUGGAGCAUAAAUCUGCUUCUCUUGCCACCGCUUCAUCUCGAGAGCCCCAGUAUCCGCACGUCUACAAGUCGUACAGCGCCGGCAACACCCUCAGCUCCACCGGAAAGAAGUACGGUCUUCCGGUGGGAAGCGAGCGGAAGAUUUUUGACAAGUAUGAAGAGUACUCUAUUCCAGCAGGAAAGAAGGGAGUUCUUGGUCCCGGCCAGAGGCUCAUCAAGAUCUCUGAACUUGACGGACUUUGCCGUACCACUUUCAAGGGAUACAAGACGCUCAAUCGAAUGCAGAGUCUUGUGUACCCCAUUGCACACAAAACUAGUGAGAACAUGCUUAUUUGCGCACCCACUGGUGCGGGUAAAACGGACGCAGCUAUGCUCACAAUCCUCCACACCAUCGCGCAGAAUGUGACUCCCAACCCUUUUGAGGACCUCGCUGCCACCGAAUUCGCCGUUAAUACAGAUGACUUCAAGAUUGUCUAUGUCGCCCCCAUGAAGGCACUCGCUGCUGAAGUCACAGAUAAGCUUGGCAAGCGCCUUGCCUGGCUUGGCAUCAAGUGCCGAGAGUACACCGGAGAUAUGCAGCUUACCAAGUCUGAGAUUGUUCAGACCCAGAUCAUUGUUACCACUCCUGAGAAGUGGGAUGUCGUUACCCGAAAAGGUACCGGCGAUACUGAGCUCGUCCAAAAGGUCCGCCUUCUCAUCAUUGAUGAGGUCCACAUGCUUCACGAUGAACGAGGUGCCGUCCUAGAGUCACUUGUAGCUCGAACUGAGAGACAAGUGGAGAGCACACAGUCGAUGAUUCGGAUUAUUGGUCUGAGUGCAACGCUACCCAACUACGUUGACGUUGCGGACUUCCUCAAGGUCAACAAGUACGCUGGUCUGUUUUAUUUCGACGCCUCAUUCCGUCCUGUUCCCCUGGAGCAGCAUUUCAUUGGUGUCAAGGGGAAGGCCGGCUCCAAGCAAGCCAGGGAAAACCUUGACAACAUUGCUUUUGACAAAGUCAAAGAAAUGCUAGAGCUUGAUCAUCAAGUCAUGGUCUUCGUACACUCGCGACGAGAUACAAUGGCGACAGCCCGAACACUUCACCAGAAGGCCGUCGAAGAUUUCUGUGUGGACCUGUUCGACCCAUCAUACCAUCCCAAGUAUGAGCAGGCUUGUCGAGACAUGAAGUCUUCAAGAUCAAAGGACAUUCGCGAGUUGCUUUCCAAGGGAAUUGGAAUUCAUCACGCGGGUAUGGCAAGGUCCGAUAGGAACCUGAUGGAGAGAUUCUUCGCCGAAGGUGUUCUCAAGGUUCUUUGCUGUACUGCUACCCUCGCCUGGGGUGUCAACUUGCCAGCUGCUGCGGUCGUCAUCAAGGGAACUCAAGUCUACAGUGCCCAGGAGGGUAAAUUUGUUGACUUGGGUAUUCUUGAUGUGCUCCAGAUCUUCGGUCGUGCAGGUCGUCCUCAAUUUGAAGACACUGGUAUCGGCAUGAUCUGUACUACCCACGAUAGGCUCACGCACUAUCUGACCGCAAUCACGGAGCAGCAGCCCAUUGAGUCCAAGUUCUCCACCAAGUUGGUUGACAACCUCAAUGCUGAGAUUUCACUGGGUACCGUCACCUCCAUCCCUGACGCGGUGCAAUGGAUCGGAUAUUCCUACUUGUUUGUUCGCAUGCAACGAAGCCCCAUGACCUAUGGCAUCGAGUGGUCAGAGAUCCGAGACGACCCGACCCUGGUUCAGAGGCGACGCCAGCUGGCUAUUCAAGCAGCCAGGACUCUACAACGAUGCCAAAUGAUUAUCUUCAAUGAAACGACUGAGGAGCUUCGCAGCAAGGAUAUUGGCCGAAUUGCUAGCCAGUUCUACAUCCUUCAUACCAGCAUCCAAGUCUUCAACACCAUGAUGCGGCCGCAGGCUACCGAGGCUGAUAUUCUGAAGAUGAUCAGUAUGAGUGGAGAAUUCGACAAUAUCCAAUCCAGAGACAGUGAAGAGAAGGAGUUGACGCACCUCAGGAAGGACAUUGUCCCCUGUGAUGUGGAAGGAGGCAUCGACACACCCCAGGCCAAGACAAACAUUCUGCUUCAGUCUUAUAUCUCGAGGGCACAACCCGAAGACUUCGCUUUGACAAAUGACAUGAAUUACGUUGCGCAGCAAUCUGGGCGAAUCUGUCGAGCACUGUUUAUGCUUGCUCUGAACCGGCGAUGGGGUCAUCAAUGCCUGGUGCUCCUCACCUUGGCCAAGUCGAUCGAGAAGCGCAUCUGGCCGUUCCAGCAUCCCCUUGCUCAGUUUGAUUUCACCAAGACUAUCCUCAACCAGCUUGAAUCUAAGGACAACCUGACGAUUGAGACCAUGAAGGAAAUGGAAUCGGCAGAAAUAGGGGCCUUGGUCCACAACCAGAGCGCCGGCAAGAACAUUGCCAGGAUGCUGUCCAACUUCCCCACGGUGCACGUUGAGGCCGAAAUCGCUCCCCUCAACCGAGAUGUCUUGAGGAUCAAGCUCUAUGUAAUCCCCGACUUCCGAUGGCAUGACCAUGUCCAUGGAACGUCUGAGUCGUUCUACAUCUGGGUUGAGAACUCUGAAACUUCUCAGAUUUACCAUCAUGAGUUCUUCAUUCUUAACAGGAGGAAGUUGAACGAUGACCACGAGCUCAACUUUACAAUUCCCCUCUCGGAUCCUCUGCCGAAGCAGAUCUACGUUCGUGCCGUCUCAGACAGAUGGUUAGGAGCAGAGACGGUGACUCCGGUUUCCUUCCAACAUCUCAUCCGCCCCGACACGGAGAGCGUAUACACAGAGUUGCUGAACCUGCAGCCGCUGCACAUCUCGGCUCUGAAGAACCCCGGACUAGAGGAGAUUUAUGCGAAGCGGUUCCAGUACUUCAACCCCAUGCAGACUCAGAUCUUCCACACGCUAUACAACACCCCUGCCAACGUCCUACUGGGUUCUCCCACCGGAAGUGGAAAGACUGUUGCCGCUGAGCUUGCCAUGUGGUGGGCAUUCCGUGACAGACCCAAGUCAAAGGUGGUUUACAUUGCACCCAUGAAGGCUCUUGUUCGCGAAAGAGUCAAGGAUUGGGGAGCCCGACUGGCACGGCCUCUGGGGCUCAAGCUCGUCGAGUUGACUGGUGACAACACUCCCGAUACUCGCACAAUCCAAGAUGCCGACGUCAUCAUCACCACGCCCGAAAAAUGGGACGGUAUCUCACGUUCAUGGCAGACGAGAGGAUAUGUACGACAGGUCAGCCUCGUCAUCAUCGAUGAAAUCCAUCUCUUGGCAGGAGACCGAGGCCCUAUUCUGGAAAUCAUUGUUUCUCGCAUGAACUACAUUGCGUCCUCGACCAAGAACGCCGUCCGACUCCUGGGCAUGUCGACAGCUUGUGCAAACGCAACGGAUCUUGGCAACUGGCUUGGUGUCAAAGAGGGUCUCUUUAACUUCAAGCACUCGGUCCGUCCGGUUCCAUUGGAGCUCUUCAUCGAUGGCUUCCCUGAGGUCAGGGGAUUUUGUCCUCUGAUGCAGUCUAUGAACAGGCCAACGUUCCUGGCCGUCAAGAAUCACAGCCCCGAAAAGCCCGUCAUCGUCUUCGUGCCUUCCCGACGACAGACCCGUCUCACUGCCAAGGACCUGAUCAACUUCUGCGGAAUGGAGGAUAAUCCUCGCCGGUUCUUGCAUAUGGACGAAGAUGACCUCCAGCUCAACCUUGCCCGAGUCAAGGACGAUGCGCUCAAGGAGGCCAUCAACUUUGGCAUCGGCUUGCAUCAUGCAGGUCUUGUCGAGUCGGAUCGUCAGCUAGCCGAAGAACUCUUCCUGAAUAACAAAAUCCAGAUCCUCGUGGCCACCAGCACCCUCGCGUGGGGUGUCAACCUUCCCGCGCAUUUGGUCGUUGUCAAGGGCACUCAGUUCUACGACGCCAAGAUUGAAGCUUACAAGGACAUGGACCUGACGGACGUGCUGCAGAUGCUUGGACGAGCAGGACGCCCGCAGUUCGACAACUCGGGAGUGGCCCGCAUUUUCACCCAGGACUCCAAGAAGGACUUUUACAAGCACUUCCUUCAUACAGGCUUCCCCGUCGAGUCCUCUCUGCAUACCGUCCUGGACAACCAUCUUUGCGCCGAAGUCUCCGCCGAGACCAUCCUCACGAAGCAAGACGCCCUGGACUACCUCACGUGGACAUUCUUCUUCAGGAGACUGCACAAGAACCCAUCGUACUACGGGCUGGAGAUUUCCGCUGAGGAGCAUAACAGCAUCGCUGCGCAGCAGGUGGCUAACGAGUUCAUGGUCGAAAUGGUCAACAAGUCGCUCGAUGAGCUCGCCGAGUCCAACUGCGUCGAGGUCUUCCCCAACGGCGACGUGGACUCAACCCCAAUGGGCAAGAUCAUGAGUUACUAUUACCUCUCCCACAAGACGAUCCGACACCUGGUCCGCCAUGCCAAGCCGCAAGGCACGUUCCUCAACGUGCUCUCGUGGAUGUCCCGUGCAACCGAGUACGACGAACUCCCUGUGCGUCACAACGAGGACCUCAUCAACGACACGCUGUCAGACAACCUGCCCUUCCCGGGCCAUGCCUUUGGCCUGCCCAUGUGGGAUCCCCACGUGAAGGCCUUCCUGCUCCUCCAGGCGCACAUGUCCCGUAUUGAGCUGCCCAUCACGGAUUACGUCGGUGACCAGACCAGCGUGUUGGACCAGGCCAUUCGUAUCAUCCAGGCGUCCAUCGAUGUCCUCACUGAAAAGGGCUAUCUCUCCAGCUGCCUGCAGAUGAUCUCCCUGCUGCAGUGCAUCAAGUGCGCCCGCUGGCCAACCGACGCUCCCAUGUCCAUCCUCCCCAGCGUCGACGCGGACUCCAAGGACAAGACAGCUCUCGCGAAGAUCAGCGCGCUCAACCACGCUCAGGUCGGCCAGCUCGCCAAGAAAAUCGGCGUCCCAACCAGCCAAACCGGCCGCUUCUCCCGCGCCGUGUCCGUCCUGCCCAACGUGGCAGUCUCCAUUGAGGAAGCCACGGCGCUUUCAGUGAAGAUUGGUCUCAAGCGCCUCAACCCACUCGUUGAGCGUGAAGCCCGCAUCUACGCCCCCAAAUUCCCCAAGCCGCAAUCCGAGGGCUGGUUCGUCAUCGUUGCCGAUGUCGCCCGCGACGAAGUCAUUGCAGUCAAGCGCGUCGGCUGGUCUGCCGUUCCAGGACGCAAGCUCGAACCCGGUAUGCGCCCUUCAUCAAAGACGACCAUCAAGCUGCCCGAGGCCAAGCCUGGGCAGGCCCGCAAGCUGGACGUCCUCGUUGUCAGCGAUGGCUACUUGGGACUUGAACACCGAGUUCUGGGUGUGGACAUUCCCGCGCCGCCAACUGUGGACGACGCCGUGCAAGAGAAGAAGGCAGCCGCGUCUGGAUCAAAGUGA